AUGCUCAACAGCGUCUUCUCGGUCCUCCUCCAAAUCCUCCACGUCGACCGUAUCCUCCACCCGGUGGACCACCCCAUCCUCCACCAUAGCCUCCUCCAUGUCUUCCUCCGUGGCCCAUACCAGGUCCCAUUCCGUAUCCCAUGCCACCCCCGUGGAAAUUUCGGCGAGGAGGGGGCCCCCAACCCCCGACCACUGCCACGGGCAUGGGUCUCACGCGGCGGUGAUGUGGAAAUGACAUGCAAAGGCCCAUAG